CGCCCCCGCCCUGCGCUCCCCUCCUCCGUCCUCCCCUCCUGCUCCGGGCGCGGGCGGACGCCGGACUCGGCAGCGGCACCAUGGCCGGGGGCCUGCGCGGGCUCCUGCACCGCAGCCUCUGGCUGCUCCUGGCAACCCAGCUCUUCACGGUCACCGCCUACCAGGACACGGACUACAGCACCCUCAUCCAGGAGCAGUGCCUGGCCCGCUUCAAGGAGAACAUGGAGGCCGUGGGGAGGACGCUGUGGUGCGACUGGGGGAAGACCAUCGGGAGCUACGGGGACCUCACUGACUGCACCAGGAGCGUGGCGGACAAGCUGGGACGCUUCUGGCCCAACGCAGAAGUGGACAAGUUCUUUAUCGCCAUCCACCAGCGCUACUUCAGCGGCUGCCCCGUCUCGGGCAGGAUUGUCCGGGACCCCCCCAGCACCAUCCUCUGCCCCUUCAUCGUGGUCCCCAUCACGGUGACCCUGCUCAUGACCAUGCUGGUGGUCUGGAGGAGCAAGCGCACCGAGAGCAUUGUGUAGGCGGUCCGGGCAGCCUGCCAGCCUGGCUCUGGCAGGCGCGGGAGGGCAGGGAGGGACGGGACCCUGGCUCUGGCACAGCAGUGGCAUCAGAGGCUGGUGCAGAUGGCAAGCCAGGUCCUGGUCCUGCCUUGCUCCAGCUGUGGGAUUAUCCCAGACACACCCUGGCUGGAGGUAGAGCUGAGACCUGGCUCUCCUCCCUCCAGGAGGUGUUCCCAGCCCCGGGUCUUCGGGGUGCUUGCAACCACCACGAGAGUUCUGGCCUCCAGCCCAGGCCACUUACCCAGUAGAAGUGUUUGUGAAUCGUAGAUUGUGAUUAAAAAGUUGUCCUUGAA